GGCGUGACUUCUUGAAAAAACAUGGCCGCGCCCGGAGAGAUCAUGUUGUAUUAAUCUAUUUGUGAACGAUCUAGACAUUUAUGGUACAAAAACAUUCAUACUUUAGUGUGUUUAUUUAAGACUGAAAUGACAAUGAAGACCUUUUGCGGUCGUGCAAAUCCAACAACCGGAGCGCUGGACUGGGUUGAGGAAAGCGAGGAGUAUGAUUACCAUCAGGAGAUUGCGAGGUCCUGCUAUGCAGAUAUGCUCCAUGAUAAAGACAGAAAUGAGAAAUACUACCGAGGCAUUCAGGCAGCGGUGAGCAGAGUGAAGGCCCGCGGUGAACGGGUGGUGGUCCUGGACAUCGGCACCGGGACAGGUCUGCUAUCCAUGAUGGCUGUGACGGCUGGAGCCGACUACUGCUAUGCCAUAGAGGUGUUUAAGCCCAUGGCACAGGCUGCCACUUCCAUCACGGAGAGGAACGGCUUCUCCGACAAAAUCAAGAUCAUCAACAAACACUCCACAGAAGUUACGGUUGGACCAGACGAAGACAUGCAAGAACGAGCAAACAUCCUUGUCACGGAGCUGUUUGAUACAGAGCUGAUCGGAGAAGGCGCGUUGCCCAGCUAUGAACAUGCACACACACACCUUGUCAAGGCAGGUUGUGAAGCUGUGCCACACCGUGCCACGGUCUAUUCCCAGCUGGUGGAGUCGGAUAUGCUGUGGAAAUGGUCACAGAUCCAACCCAUAGAGGUGGAUGGGAACAAACUGCUGCCCUCUUCUGCUGUAGUGGAGUGUACAGGAGCGCCCUCUGUCUGUGACAUCCAGCUUAGCCAGGUGUCUCCAGAGUCUUUCACUCCCCUCGGGCCCAUCUGCACCAUGUUCAGUGUUGAUUUCAGCAAGCCGGUUAGCAGUGCUGCUCAGUCCUACACGGCACAGUUCAAGGCCCAGACCAGCGGGAGAGCACAGGUAGUCUUAUCCUGGUGGGACAUCGACAUGGACCCUGAUGGCAACAUUGUGUGCACUAUGGCCCCUAGUUGGACCUAUUCAGAACCUCAAACUUACCCUUGGAGGGAUCACUGGAUGCAGAGUGUCUACUUCCUCCCUGCAGAGAAGAAUGUUUCAGAAGGAGAAGAGCUGAGCUUAAUCGUCUCCCAUGAUGACUAUAGUCUGUGGUACAACCUAACGAACAGUGAACAAAAUGUUGUCAAAGAGGCGCAGUUUCGGCCAUCCUGCAGCUGUCAGGCCCACCUGGUCUGGACGAGGCCUCGCUUCGGGGAACUAAACGACGAACAGAGGACCGAGAGUUAUGUGAACGCAUUACGCAGUAUUCUGAAACCAGACAGUGUGUGUUUAUCUGUCAGUGAUGGGAGCCUGUUACCUAUUUUCGCUCAUCUGCUUGGAUCUAAAAAGGUGUUCAGUUUGGAAAACUCUGGAAUGGCAAAGCAAGUGAUUGAACAGGUGCUACAUACUAACUCACUGAAGCAUGGUGUACAGCUGCUGGGAAUACGACCUGAGCACCUCUCAUUAGCUGAUUUAGAAGGAAAUCAGAUUUCCGUAUUGAUGGGAGAGCCCUACUUCAGCACCAGUCUUCUACCGUGGCACUCUCUGUUCUUCUGGUAUUGUCGCACCGCGGUUGCCCAGCUGCUUCUGCCCAACGCUGCCAUCCUGCCUCGUGCUGCCACACUUUACAUAACCGCUGUUGAAUUUCAGGAUCUGUGGCGAAUCCGAGUUCCCUGCGGUACUUGCGAGGGCUUUGACGUCAGUCCUAUGGAUGAGAUGAUUCAGCGAUCUUUGGAUUUCCGUGAAUCCUGGGAGGCAGAGCCACACCCACUCUGGGAAUACCCUUGUCGUGCUCUAACAAAACCACGUCCAGUCAUGACGUUUGACUUCACACAAUGUGUUCCUGAGCAACCAAUCAACAGUGAAGGAACUGUGCCAUUCACAGGGAGAGGACGCUGUCAUGGUGUCGUUCUCUGGAUGGAGUAUCAGCUGACUGAGGACAUCACCGUAAGCAUGGGCCUAACCAAGCCAGUCAGUGAAGAGGGAGCUUGUGUAUGGAACCCACACCGGAAACAAGGAGUGUUCUUCUUCAGAUCUGUGAGGGUAACUUCUGGGAAUGGAAGCGAAGAUCUUUCCUACAAUUUAACCUUUGAACCUCAUACUGGUGACAUUAAAAUGGACUUCUCUGUCACCGAACCUUGACCAAUGACAAUAUUCAAGACUCAAAUGAACUAUGUCAUCAGUUGUUAACGUUUAUUUCCAAGACAUUGCUUAUCCAAAGAGUUUUAAUGACUGUGAACUUCUAGAUUCACAGUAGUGAUGAUUUCGUAACUUAUCUAGACAAUCUGAUGUGUAUUAAUGCUUUUUAAUACAUCAGAUCAGAGAUAUUA